AUGAUUUUAAACCGGAUACGACAAGCGUCCAUUGGUCAAGAUGACGAAGUUUCUGUUGGGAAACAGAGCGUUUCCAUGACGUCUCAAGAAGAAUCGAAAAAAUCCGGCGGUAAUCAACAGCAGCCGAAGCAGACGUCAAAGGCAAUGUUGGGUCAAACAGGUCGAGCUCCCAGUUUGCUGGGACUUUGGGCGGCAAAACGUUUCACACAAAACAUGAAAACAAAGUACAGUCGGACAGGAAGUACAUACGGGUCCACAGCCGCUUCUAAUUCGAUUCAAGUAACAAAGGAACCGUCAUACCGGACGGAACCGAAAACAAAAUUUAAUCCAGAUGUAGUUUAUGACGUCAUUAAAUCAGUAGUUGAUCAGAAGAUGCAGGGAUUCAAAUACCAUCCGAAAUUCUGCGCCAACAUAUCAAAACUGCUGAGUGACGAUGUUAAAGAGCAGGUGAAAAAACUGAAAUAUGACAGGUAUAAGAUCGUGGUCAUCGUGCAUAUCGGAGAGAAGAAGGGUCAGGGAAUGAUGGUGGCAAGCAGGUGCGCAUUGGACAAGGAACUGGAUAACUUCGCUACCUACACCAUGGAAACACCGGCGCUCUACUGUUCGGUGUCGGCGUUUGGAACGUAUAACGAGUAG